AUGAAUCAAAUUGUAUUUAUAUUGUGUUUUAUGACACUUAUUAUUUGUUCAUUAACAUGUUUAUUUUCAUGUGGUAUAUUAAUUUGUAUCAUUCAUCAUCUUUAUUAUAAUCGUUUGCAACAAGAAGAUCGAAUAAUAAUUAUUCAUUGUAUUAAUAUUUAUUCAUUAGUUUCGGCCUAUAUUGGACUAUUAGCAGUAAUUAAUAUUCAAUCAGUUUUAGGAAACUUAUAUGGAUAUGAUUUUAAUUCAUCAUGGUGUAUAUUUUCAGAAUAUCUAAUUUCUAUUCUAAUCAGUAGCUUAUAUUGGGCUUUUGUAAAUCAGACAUUGUUUCGUCUCGGUCGAGUUGUAUAUCCAACAAUAAGAUGGCUUCAAUCAUAUCGACUAUAUAUUAUUUUACCAUUGAUCGAAUUAAUUUCAAGUUGUAUUUUAAUGAGUUUAGUUGUGUUUUUACAUAAUGUUGUUUAUUCUCCAGAAAACUAUUAUUGUUUUGUACCAUUUACUAGAGUGUUUAGUGAGCUUUGGCUUGCAUUACAUUCUUAUGGAAGUCAGAUUGGAGUAUUAUUAUUUAUCUAUAUACGCAUUACAAUUUUUCUUCGUCGUCAAACAAAUACUCCAACACUUGUAGUUAAACAACGACAAGAUCGUGAUUUACUUAUCAUUCGGCGUAUUCUUAUAAUUGUUGCUUUAUUAAUAAGUCUUGGAAUACCUGGCAUAGUUUUUCUAGUGAAGUCAUUUAUUACAAAUACAGAUGAUCUUCUUACCUUUCCUUUUGUAUUUUUCUUCAUUAGUAUAUCAAUGAUAGGCGUAUGCAUAUCAACGAUUAUUUUUACACCACAACUAAAAAUGAUUGUUGUUAAAAUAAUUCAACAUAAUCGCGUUACACCUCUGAAUGACGGUUUGUUUGGUUCGAUUGCAACGAGACAAUAA